AUUUCUUCUUUGAAAGAUCAGUCCGGAAGACUCGAUGAUGCCGCUGUAAACCAACAGGAGGAUCUUCCUGUGCCACAGUAGGAAUGCCUGGUGGAGACUAUGGGGAGCUCGGGGGCAGCCUCCCCGCCAUCGCCUCCCUGAACGCUUCCUACUCUACGUCGCUGUCUCUCCCUUCCCCGUACCUGUUGGCACCACCUGCGGAGCGCAAGAAGAUUUCUGACGUGCGCCGCACCUUCUGUCUCUUUGUGACAUUCGACCUUCUCUUCCUCUCCCUUCUUUGGAUUAUUGAGCUUAACGUGAGUAUCUCAAACUCACUUUGGGAGAGUUUAGAAAAUGAGGUCCUCCAUUAUAACUUCAAGUCUUCCUUCUUUGACAUUGCCCUCCUUGCCUUGUUUCGUUUCCUGUGUCUACAAGUGGCUUAUGCUGGUUUUCGGUUGAGGCAUUGGUGGGUUAUUGCGUUUACCACUUUAGUGACCACCAUCUUCCUCGUUGUCAAAGUCAUCGUAUCUAAUAAGCUACUAUCCCAAAAUGCCUUUGGCUAUGUUCUGCCCAUCACAUCGUUUGUGGUGGCCUGGUUGGAGACCUGGUUCCUCGACUUCAAAGUUCUCCCUCAGGAGGCCGACGAUGAAAGAGGCUACCUAGCAGCAGUAAAUGCUGCCUACGAGCGAGCCCCCAUGAUCUACCCCCGUGCUGUCUCAGAGGGGCAGUUCUACUCUCCACCCGAAUCUCUCGCAGGCUCAGACGAGGAGCUGGAAGAGGAGGGUUCUGGGCGCAGCGCUGUCACUGCUCAGGAGAAGGAGUAUGUCAAACUGGGUUAUGAGGCAAUGUCUGUGGUGGAACAGAUCUUAGCCCAAGAGGAGAACUGGAAAUUUGAAAAAAACAAUGAUAUGGGCGACUCUGUCUACACUCUGGAAGUUCCCUUCCAUGGAAAGACUUUCAUUCUCAAGGCUUUCAUGCAGUGUCCUGCUGAGCUUGUGUAUCAGGAGGUGAUCCUGCAGCCAGAGAAGAUGGUUCAGUGGAACAAAACCGUUUCUGUCUGCCAGAUCCUUCAGAGAGUUGACGACAACACUCUGGUCUCAUAUGAUGUGUCUGCUGGGGCAGCAGGGGGAGUUGUUUCUGCGAGGGACUUUGUAAAUGUUCGACGAGUGGAGCGCAAACGAGACUGUUACCUGUCUGCUGGCAUGGCAACCAAACACGAUGCCAGACCUCCAAGCAGUCGCUAUGUCAGAGGAGAAAAUGGCCCCGGAGGGUUUGUGGUCCUCAAAUCCAGCAGUAACCCAUCAGUCUGCACUUUCAUCUGGGUCCUCAACACAGACUUAAAGGGCCGUCUGCCACGCUACCUCAUCCACCAGAGUCUGGCAGCCACCAUGUUUGAGUUCAUGUCCCAUUUACGCCAACGAAUCGCUGACGUGCGGUCCUCUCAUCGCUCCCACCAUCAACACCACCACCCUUAAAACUACACAGAAGUUUUAAGUGGUGCAACCACUUGCUGGGAGUUGUCACUGGCCAAAACUGGGCAUCAUUGUCGCCCAUAUAAUGCUCCCAAGCUUGAAGGGUUGUACUAAUGCGCCUGAAGAGGCUGCAACUUUAAGCAAAGGACACGUGAGACAUUUCCCACCUUUCAGCCACGCAAGGCGAGGAGUUAUUUGGUUAUCAAAGACUAAACAUUUUGCGCCUUUUUUUUUUUUUUUAAAGCAUAAUCACAUCAGAAUUUUUGUGUGGACUUGUAACAGUUUUGCUGUGUUUCUCGCCAUGUAAUGAGAACUGUUUCCUGAGACUUUACAGAAACAAGAAGCCUUGGAUGAAAAUGAUGAUGCUUACUGUGGGAAUCUUGUUACAGAAGAGCUAUUGCAGUGGUGUGACUGAAACAGCUGUCUCUCUGAGCCUUAUCUUUCUGCACACAGUUAGCCAUUAAUUUCCUGCUUUUUUUUUUUUUUUGGUGUCUUGUUUUUUUUUCUUUCUCACUGCACCAUCAUAAAUUUGUCUUUCUGGUGCACCUGCCUACACUUCACAGCCAUAUUUUCACUGAAUUUGUUCUACUUGACUACACUGUGAUAGAUUACAGCUGUCUGAUCACCACUAGAGGGAGACACCACUGAUCCACACAGCGCAGGCCUCUUGGUUUGACACCAUCUUCUGUGCCAUAGUGCAACAUUUAAGCUAACAUUUAAUUACUGUAGGCUCUUUUUUUUUUAAUGCAGCUUUUGUUUAGCACUUUGGGAUCAGCCAAGAGGCCAAACCAGGACUCGGAUCAGAAGGCAGUUAGACAUUUAGGACAAAAGAUAAUGUUCAUUAGGAUGCUGUAUAUUAACUAAUGUUUUCUUCUUUUCUUUUUUCUUUUUUUUGUCAAUAACCUCAAGUGGCCUUGUGCUAAAGUAGCUGAACUCCUUAGUUGUCAUGACAAGUUAUUAUUGUACUGGUGUGAUUAUCAAUAACUUGAGUUCGGGCCUCCCCUGAGGCCCUGAGGCGUGGCACUGAAUGAAGUUUUGUUAUCGGUUCUUAUAUUAUGAAGCAUCUCAUUGUUUUUAACCAUGAAAAAACGAAAGAAAACAUCCCCUCCAGUUUAAGUUGUGUAUCAGUGUUAUGAUGUACAUCAGAAAAUCACGUUUGAUGAUUGCAUCUGUUAUCAAAAGAAUCUAAAAGAUGAAGUCGGUUGAAGUUAAUGUGAGUUGAACUGAACUCUUUUGUAUUGGCUAAAUUGAUGCAAUGGUAAUUUAUUAUUUUUUUUUAGGGUCAGUACUUAGUGGUGUAACUGUGACAUCCACGUGGCUGUGAGGCAUCACUCUUCAUAAGCUCAUGCAUUUGUGGAUGCUACAGUUACAAAUCC